CUUCCUCCGCCGCCGGCAUGAGCGUGGUGGAGCACGUACGGGAGAUGGCCUCCGCCGGGCUCCACUCGAACGUGCGGCUCCUCAGCGGGCUUCUCCUAACGAUGAGCGGCAACAACCCGGAGCUGUUUUCACCAUCUCAGAAGUACCAACUCCUUGUAUACCACGCAGACUCUCUUUUCCACGAUAAAGAAUAUAGAAAUGCUGUCAGCAAGUAUACGAUGGCUUUGCAGCAGAAGAAAGCAUUGAGUAAAACCUCAAAAGUAAGGCCUUCUACUGGGAAUGCUGCAUCAGCUCCCCAGAGCCAGUGUUUACCAUCUGAAAUUGAAGUAAAAUAUAAAAUGGCUGAAUGUUACACGAUGCUGAAGCAAGAUAAAGAUGCCAUUGCCAUUCUGGAUGGGAUUCCUUCCAGACAGAGGACCCCAAAGAUCAAUAUGAUGCUGGCAAAUCUAUACAAGAAAGCAGGUCAGGAACGUUCAUCUGUUACGAGCUACAAGGAAGUACUGAGGCAGUGCCCAUUAGCACUUGAUGCCAUACUAGGUUUGCUCUCGCUGUCGGUAAAAGGUGCAGAAGUGGCCUCCAUGACAAUAAAUAUCAUUCAGAGCAUUCCAAACUUGGACUGGCUUUCAGUGUGGAUCAAGGCAUAUGCUUUUGUGCACACUGGAGAUAACACUAGAGCAAUCAAUACAAUUUGCUCUUUAGAGAAAAAGUCGUUGCUGAGGGAUAAUGUAGACCUACUGGGGAGCUUAGCAGACCUGUAUUUCAGAGCUGGAGAUAAUAAAAACUCUAUUCUAAAAUUUGAACAAGCUCAAAUGCUGGAUCCUUACCUAAUAAAAGGAAUGGAUGUGUACGGCUAUUUGUUGGCACGGGAAGGUCGACUGGAGGAUGUGGAAAACUUGGGCUGCCGUCUCUUCAAUAUUUCAGAUCAACAUGCAGAACCCUGGGUGGUGUCAGGGUGUCAUAGUUUUUAUAGUAAACGAUACUCCCGUGCCUUAUAUUUAGGAGCCAAAGCUAUCCAGCUUAAUAGCAACAGCGUUCAGGCUCUGUUGCUGAAGGGAGCUGCCCUCAGGAACAUGGGCCGAGUGCAGGAAGCAAUCAUACACUUCCGUGAAGCGAUACGGCUUGCGCCUUGCAGGUUGGAUUGCUAUGAGGGUCUCAUUGAAUGUUACCUAGCAUCUAACAGUAUCCGGGAAGCUAUGGUUAUGGCAAAUAACGUGUAUAAAACUCUGGGAGCAAAUGCACAGACACUCACUCUGUUAGCAACAGUCUGCCUUGAAGACCCAGUCACACAGGAGAAAGCAAAAACAUUACUGGACAAAGCACUGACACAAAGACCUGAUUACAUCAAAGCUGUGGUAAAGAAAGCCGAACUUCUAAGUAGAGAGCAAAAGUAUGAAGAUGGAAUUGCUUUGCUGAGGAAUGCGUUGGCUAAUCAGAGUGACUGCGUUCUGCAUCGAAUACUGGGGGACUUCCUUGUAGCUGUCAACGAGUACCAGGAAGCAAUGGACCAGUACAGCAUCGCCCUAAGCUUGGAUCCAAAUGAUCAGAAAUCACUAGAAGGAAUGCAGAAAAUGGAAAAAGAGGAAAGUCCAACAGAUGCAACCCAGGAAGAAGACGUGGAUGAUAUGGAGGGAAGUGGAGAAGAGGGGGACUUGGAAGGCAGUGACAGCGAGGCAGCCCAGUGGGCAGAUCAGGAGCAGUGGUUUGGUAUGCAGUGAUGGCUGCUCUUCCCAGUGGUCAGUUUGGCACAUGAACACACCACUAGGGCCAUUCCUUUCUGAACUCUGAUAUUUGCAGGAGCAGAAGACUUUUCCUUUUUUAUCUUUUUCUUUUUUUUUUUUUUUUUUUU